AUGAAGCUCCGCCACUGCUGGUUCGCCUUCAUCCCAUCCCACCUCGGCCGGCACAAGGCGGUAGAUGCUGCAGCAGAAGCGCUGAGUCAAGCCCACCGCUACUACCGAACCAUGCGCUUCGAUAAAUCCGCGCUCGAAGCCGCACUUACCAGCUAUGCCCGAGCAGUCUCCCUAGUGCAGAAGUGCAUUGAAUCGCCUACGGAGCGGUACGAAGACCAUACUUUGCUCGCGAUUGCCAUCUUGUCGCAUUAUGAGACGCUUAUUGGUAACCCUCGCAGCACGUAUCUCCGGCAUUGGUCCGGAGUCACUGCCUUACUUCUGGCACGAUCGUCUAGCUAUCCACCGAGCGAUCUGGUACGAGCGAUGUUCUAUUCGAUGUGGGACCAGUUGUUCCGAGUGCCUUGUGCAAAAGGCGUCGCUUCUCCGUACGAUAAUGACCUCUUUCUUAGUAUUGAGCCAGCUGCAAUCGAUGUGAUUCCCGAUCAUGUUGCCAGGCUCAGGCGUACCGGUCAGCAGCUUCUGAUACGGCUGCCACGGCUCAUUGCCGACGCUCGGAGGAUACUAAAUGAACCUGAAAUAGGUGACGGAACAGUGAUAGCGACCAUGGGUACCCUAGCAGACACGUACUCAAAAAGCAAUAACAGCGCAUCCGAAGAUAAGAUGUUACACGACCUACGCGUUGCUCGGACCGAACGUCCAGUCGACCGCGCAAUCACGCCUUUUUCAUUCGUCUUCGAAAGCAGCGAAGUGUUUUCUGCCGCCGUCUUCUACUGGCAGACACGCUUGAACCUCGUCAACCUUUGCGUCUACCUCAUGCGCAGCUUGCCGGACCUGCUUUGGCCGACGUCGGACUCUGCAAACCUGAGUCUCACAGGCCUAGAAAUCGAACAAGCUCGCCUCGCCGCAGACAUCGUCAUGUCCAUAUCCCACGGUCGCACGAAAGGCGACUUCGGCAUGGUCUUCCUUACGCAAGCCCUUCUGGCAGUGUGGAGCGCCUUGUCGUACAAGGAUGGUAUCUGGCGCGGGACGGUGAGUGUCGACAGACUGAGGAGUUGGACGCUAAGCUGCAUUUAUGACUCUCUGGGUGCCCAAGGCCGCGGCAAGCAAGCUGUACGCCUAGUUGAGGCUGCUAGUCAAGCGCUUAUGGGAGGGCCGUUGGCGGACUGGAGCGGACUUAUGGGCCUGUGA